AUGGCCACCGUCAACGGCUCCGGGGAGACCAAUGCCAAUCAGGUCGUCGUUCCCUGCAUUGUCUUCUUCGCUCUGACCCCCAUCUUCAUCAUCAUUCGACUAUGGAGCCGCAUAGCGACGCGAUCCACCAUCGGCGCCGAUGACUGGACAAUCAUGGUGUCUUUUGUGUGUGUGCUGGUUGUCCAGAUCCUCAUGAUGUUUUCGGUAUCCUACGGUUUUGGCCAACACGUCUAUGAGCUGGAAACCAAAGACCGGUUAAUGGCGCUCAAGCUCUUCUACGUGGCGCAAAUCUUCUACAAGCUCACCAUCAACUUGACCAAGGCGUCGAUCCUCGCCCUCUACCUGCGCAUCUUCGUCCAGCGCUGGUUCCGCAUCUGCUGCUACGUCCUCGUCAGCAUCAUCCUCGCCUACAUGGUCGCCACGACGGCCUCGUCCAUCUUCCAGUGCAGCCCCAUCAGCGGCGCCUGGGACAAGUCGUCGAAGCCGACGUGCAUCGACCUGACCAAGAACUGGUACGCCAACGCCGGCUUUUCCAUCGCCACCGACAUCUUGAUCCUGCUGCUGCCCAUGCAGCCCAUCUGGGCGAGCAAGCUUCCCGUCAACCAGAAGAGGGCGCUGAUGCUGGUCUUUGCGCUCGGUGGAUUCGUCACCGUCACAUCCAUCAUGCGUUCGACGACGCUCAAGUUCUCCACAAAGACCCCCGACAUUACCUACGACAUUGCCUCGACGCUCUGGACAAUGAUUGAGCAGAACGUGGCCAUCAUCUGCGCCUGCCUGCCCAUGUGCCGCCUGCCGCUGGCCUUUCUCUUCCCUUCGACCUUUGGCAGCAGCUCGCGACAGCGCUCGAGCUACAAGUACGGCGGCAGCAACAACAGCAACAACGCGGCCCGCAGCAACAACACCAACAACAACAUGAGCAGCAGCCAGCACAGCCACAGCGCCUGGCAGCCCUACGGCGGGCCGGCCAAGACGGGCGGCGCCAACCGCAGCAUCGUCCACCACAGCGACGAGAUGAGCGAGGAGUACAUCCUGACGUCGGUCAAGCGGCAGGGGUCCGAGGACGAGGGCGACGCCGAAGGCGAUGCCGGGGCCAUUCGGAAGACGACGCGAUAUGAGAUCUCCUAUGAGAGGGAGAUGUCGCGUUAG